AGCAAUAAGGGGGCAAGUGAGAAGGAUGAGGCUGGUGGGGUUGACAGGAGGCAUCGCAUCUGGGAAGAGCACCAUCUCCAACCUCUUUAGGGACUCUGGUGUCCCCAUCGUGGACGCAGAUGUCGUUGCUCGGUUCUAGACAGAGAAUAGGCUUAAGAUUCUUGAACAUAGCAUACAAACUCGAGUGGAGCUGGAGGCCUGCCAAAUGGGGCCUUCAUGCUGCAACUGGCAUUGGCACCAUCUGCAACUCAUUUUUGUGGGAAUGGAUGUAGUGCAGAAAGGCACCAGAGGUUGGAAGAAGAUCGUAAAAGCCUUUGGGAAUGAUAUUUUGUUGGAAAAUGGAGAAAUUAACAGAGCUCUCUUGGGACAAAUCGUAUUUUCUGACCCAUCAAAACGUCAACUUCUAAACCGUCUUCUGGCACCACAUAUUUCUUCUGGCAUAGUCUGGGAGAUAGCAAAACUGUGGAUGAAAGGCUGCAAGGUUAUCAUCCUUGACAUCCCUCUGCUAUUUGAGACAAAGAUGGAUAGAUGGACAAAUCCAGUCAUUGUUGUCUGGGUUGAUCCAAAAGUCCAGAUUGAGAGGCUCAUUUCAAGAGAUGGAUGCUCUGAAGAACAAGCUCGGAAUAGGAUCAAUGCACAGCUUGCACUAGACUGGAAGAAAUCAGAAGCAGACAUAGUGAUUGACAAUUCUGGUUCUUUGGAUGACACCAAACAGCAAUUCCAAGAAGUGUUGACGAAAGUCUCGGAGCCCUUGACAUGGAAGGAACGCUUGAGAUCUAGAGAUGGCCUGAUCUCUGUUGUUGUUUGUACUGCAGUGGGCAUAUUACUUGCCCAGAAGAAUCUGCUAUGAUCAUUAUUGGCUGAUAAGUCAUGGCUGAGAGUACUAUUUGCUGAUUUGUUGUGACAGAAAAAUAUUACUUAAUGGCUGGCAGAUUCAGUAGAUAAGCUCAAGUGAACGCGCUGAACCGGCACAAUUAAGCUCAUCUAAUGUCUCUGUCUGGAAAGUGAAGGGAAACAUUUGAGACUUAGAAAUGAAAUAAAUUUCACCACUGUUUUUAGUUGCCCUUACUGGUUAGUGAUUCAAGUAAUGGAAGUCUGCAUUUAGGGCUUGCUGGGCUCAGCUAAA